AUGUCAAACGCCAACGUCGACGAUCUUCUUGCGGGGAUAAUCAAGUCGUUCCUAAAGCUUCAACAGGAGAACCAGACCGCCACACUUUCUGAAGCGGUCGACGCACCCAAAGACACUUUGGAGGCCGAGGCCGAGUCAGAGCGCCAGUGCCAGUCCCACUCCAAGUCCAAGUCUAAGUACACCGAGGCUUACUACGACAAGAUAGCAGACGACUACAUCGACUUCACGUACGGUAACCCCACCAUUUAUCACGUUGUUGACCACUUUAGGCGCCAGUUGGAAAGGAAUGGGUUCACCUACAAGUCGGAAAAAGAGUCCUGGUUGGACUUGAAACCAGGCAAAUACGUCACCACGAGAAACGGCUCCUCGUUAUCGGCUUUUGUUGUUGGCGAGGACUGGGCUCCGGAAAAGGGCGUGGGUGCCGUGGGCUCCCACAUUGACGCGCUCACGACUGUAUUGAAGCCCAACUCUACAAAGCAAAAAGUCGACGGAUAUGAGCUUCUCGGAGUUGCACCUUAUGGAGGCACGUUGAAUGAGCUUUGGUUCGAUAGAGAUUUGGCUGUCGGUGGUCGGUUAUUGAUAAAGAACUCCAAGGGCAAAAUCACCCAGGCAUUGGUGGACUCCUCGCCCAAUCCAAUUGCUCAUAUCCCCACUUUGGCUCCUCAUUUUGGAUUGCUGGGUGUGAACUUGAACAAGGAAACCAAGGCUGUGCCCGUGAUUGGAUUUUCCACUGAGGAGGACCCCACGCCUACUGAUGCUGAGAAAAAAGCUCCCUUGUUUGGCCGCCACCCGCUCAAAUUGUUGAGGUAUAUCGCCAACUUGGCCAAGGUCAACGUGGAAGACAUAUCGCAAUGGGACUUGCAGUUGUACGACGUGCAAAAGGGUGUCAGAGGCGGUAUCAACAGGGACUUUGUCUUUGCUCCAAGAAUAGACGACAGGAUCUGCUCAUUUGCGGCUGUCAAUGCCUUGAUCGAUGCAAGCAAGGACGGGUUGCUCGCAAAGGAUUCCUUUUCGAUUGUCUCGUUAUAUGACAAUGAAGAAGUCGGCAGUUUAACCAGGGCUGGUGCCAAGGGCGGAAUCCUUGAGCUUGUGGUUGAACGGGUCUUGGCCUCUGAGUUUUUCAACCCCGAUGCAGUUGGCAUUCAAGAUGCGUUGAGACUCGCGUAUGCCAACUCCAUCAUCUUGUCUGCAGACGUCAACCAUUUGUUGAAUCCAAAUUUCCAAGAAGUCUACUUGGAGCACCACAAGCCAGUGCCCAAUACCGGUGUUGCCAUCGCAUUGGAUCCAAAUGGCCACAUGGCCACAGACUCGAUUGGGUUAGCCUUGGUGGAGUCGUUGGCCAAGCAAAAUGACGAUACUUUGCAGUACUUUCAAAUCAGAAACGAUAGCAGGUCUGGAGGCACUAUUGGACCUUCAAUUUCGUCACAGACGGGUGCCAGAACUAUAGACCUUGGUAUUCCCCAGCUAUCAAUGCACUCGAUCAGAGCCACCGUGGGGGCAAAGGACAUUGGCUUGGGCACCAAGUUUUUCACUGGCUUCUACAAAAACUGGAGAAAAACCUACGACGACUAUGUGGACUUGUAG